GUCCCAAUUGUGAUCUAAUAGGACUAUAUUAUGGACUUUGGACAAAUGAAUAUACAACAGUAACGCCGAGUCAUGACUCGUGAUACCUUUAGUUCUCUGUCGCUGUGGAGACCGGGGGUCAGCGUUGAGUGGUCACUGAUAAUUCUCAUGUUUGUAUAGAUUGAACAUGAUAAAGACGGGUGCUUGACUGAGCUUGACUGAGCUAUAAAACGGCGUCUUAUUUGGAAUUUUCCUGCGUCCUUGCUGCCGUCCUUCCGACACUUUGUAUGUCACUACUUUCGCCCAAGACGCCACGCAAGAACUGGAGGGAACAGUGACCGUAAACAGAAUGACGGAAGAGAUAGUAUCUCAGACCUUCACAGACUUUAAAACGAAAAUGACCUACUCCGUAAACAUGUACGGAGAUAAGAAGGGACAAUGCAUGUCGGCCCCAACGACACAUGAUUUCUACGAAACCUGUCACAACAACAAAACGUCUAACGCUGUCUUGGGCUACCAGUACGAGGGUAACGCGACCCUGGGCGGCCCUAGCGGACUCAUGUAUGAUGCCUGGAACAUUCAGUUCACUGCGGGAAUGAACAUCACUAUUGCCCUGACUAGGACCGGAUGUAUACCUGUCCUGGAGAAUGUCAUGACAAGCAAUGCAAUGGGCGGCAUAACCGACUCACUCUUUCUGUUCAAUGACGUCACAACGACGGUUGACGAUGCCUUGCUUAAGAUGCCAGCUGCUUGCGCCGCUACCAACAGUGGUGUUGUUGGGUAGAUCCUCCGACAUCUCAACUCGUACCUCUUCAUCAUUGUCUGGCAUCUUGAGGGCUCGGAGACGAAUAUUCGUUCAGCAAUAAAUAACGCAGCUAAGAUACUUUUUAAAAAAUCUGCUGUGCCGCGACAAAAAGCGGUUUAGAGUAAAAAUGAUUCUUCUGAAACUAAAAUCUAAUGCAGACAGAACAACAAGAUUUUGUCUUCUUGAGGCUGAACUUGUCUGAAAACUUUGAUCAGAGUUACCAACUUGACAAAUGCACACAAUAAAGUUGUGUUUUCAAAUUUUUA